AUGAUGAAGCUUUCGACGCGAUUCCUCCAGCAACUUCACUCCACCAGGAACACUUCACUUGGGAAAUCAGCCGUCACCGGAGACGCUCUUCUUCGCCUCCAAUCUCCCAUUUCCACCGCUGCUGCAGGCAACGCCGAUAAUUUUGCUAGGGAUCGGAUAUAUGCACCCUUCUCUGUCUUCAAAGGGAAAGCUGCUCUUUCCGUCGAACCCGUCCUCCCAACUUUCACUAAGAUCGGCGCGGGAGCUCUUAAGGUUGGCCGGUCUGGUACCAUGAUGAUGACCUUCGUGCCUGCCAUCGGUGAGCGCAAGUAUGACUUUGAGAGAAAACAGAAGUUCGCUCUCUCGGCAACAGAGGUUGGGUCUUUGAUAAGCAUGGGUCCCAAAGAUUCCUCUGAUUUCUUCCAUGAUCCCUCCUUGAAGUCGAGUAAUGCUGGUCAAGUGAGGAAGUCCUUGUCAAUCAAACCUCAUGCUGAUGGUAGCGGCUAUUUCAUUUCUCUGACUGUUGUCAACAACAUUCUCCAAACCAAUGACCGUGUAACUGUUCCUGUCACAACAGCUGAAUUUGCAGUUUUGAAGACAGCUUGCAGUUUUGCCUUGCCACAUAUCAUGGGUUGGGAUCGAUUAACUUCACCACAGGCGAAAGAUGCGGAGCAUCCAGCAAAACUGAAAUUGCAGCGAGAGUUGGAAUGGGAUAAAUGA